GCUACCUUUCGGGAAAUUUGUGUUGAAGUUGAGGAUGAGACACCAAGAUCGAUCUACAAUUGUCCACGCCAUAUCAAACAGCUCGCGACAGCUCAACGAAACCUCACGACAAUCCUUCCAGUUCGCACCAGCCUCCCAUCUACAACCAUCGUUAUGGCACCCUCGAGAGCACUCCUACGCAUCCCAACAUACCUUUCCCCGCAUUUACAUUGUAUCCGCAUGACUUCAUCGAUACGAAGGCCGACAUAUUCGCAACCCCUCCUCACUGUCCCAACGACGCAUAUUAGGAUCCCUCAACAACAGGGGCGGAGGCAGCUGUCAACGGAAGCAAGUGCGGGGUCCGGACCAGCGCCUCCAGAUUACCUCUCUGAAGCGGAGUUGAAGAUAUUCAAUAAGCUCAAGGACACAUUAUCUCCGGAGAAUCUAGUGGUUCAAGAUAUAAGUGGUGGCUGUGGCUCAAUGUAUGCACUGGACAUAGCUUCGCCCAAGUUCAAAGGCUUGACAAUGAUCAAACAACAUCGACUGGUGAACGAGAUCUUGGGGGAAGAAAUUAAGCAGUGGCAUGGCGUGCAAUUGCGGACGAGAGCACCCUGAGGGAGGGAAUGAACAUCCCCAGAUGCUGUGCUUGAUGUCGGGCGCCUUUGAAAUUCCACUCUGGCUAACGGGAUACGUAGACGGACGUUGUACGAUAGAGACUGUGUGGAAGAUGU